AUGUGCCUGUCUGUGAAGAGGAGCGCGGAGCCUGUCAGUAAAAAUAUGUUUGAGUUGGCGAAGGCUGUACUAUAUGUUUUGAUUGCAUUAACUGGCCUUCAGUCAGGAACCAUCGUGUAUACAUUUAGAAUUGAUUAUGCGAACGUUAUUAACAGUAUUGUGUUUAUUGUCAACCAGACCGACCUACCAGAAACGAAAAGAUUAACGAAAGUUCCGGCUGAGAUGCAGCUUUUAACGACUUGCAGGUGCUACUGUCAACAGGAAUAUGACACUAAAUCCGCUCGUGAUGGAAGGCUUUUUAAACUCCCUUCAACCAAGGAACAACGAGAAAUGGAGUUUUAA